CACCUACAAAAAUAAUUUUUGGAACUAAACUUUUUCGUUUCUUUUUUCCCUUUUAAAACAAUAUUCCUUUAUUAUUUUUAUAUAAUUAGAAAUGCAUCCCAACUCACACCUCCAUCAGUAUAUUCAACAGUCAUCCUUAGCCAAUGCAGCAGCCGCAGCAGCCGUUAAUCCACUGUCAGCAUCACUUCCCAGCAACGCGCUGUCUCAGCAUUUUCCUGCUAUGCGGUCAACUAAUGGAGCUAACGCUGAUCCUUAUGUCUUUGCACAAAUGCUGGGCAAUCCUUCUCAAGCUAUGCCUCUUUAUAAUAUUCAACAGCAACAACAACAAGAAGCUGCUGCUGCUGCUCACGCUCAUGCUCACGCUGCUGCUCAACAACAGCAACAUAAACUAGCUCACUUGGACGAAGAAAAAAUUUAUGGUCUUGUCUUGGAAUUACUCAAUCCUUCGACAAGAGAACAAGCUUUAUUGGACCUAAGUAAGAAGAGAGAACAGUUUGAAGAUUUGGCCCUUGUAUUAUGGUAUUCAUAUGGUGUCAUUCCUGUUUUACUUCAAGAAAUCAUCACAGUCUAUCCACUGUUAAAUCCACCUACGCUCAGUGGCGGAGCUUCCAACCGAGUUUGUAAUGCGCUUGCUUUACUUCAGUGUGUAGCAAAUCAUAAUGAAACACGCAGUUUAUUUCUUCAAGCUCAUAUUCCACUCUAUCUUUAUCCCUUUUUAAACACAACAAGCAAAACUCGACCUUUUGAAUACCUUCGAUUGACCAGCCUUGGCGUGAUUGGUGCUUUAGUCAAGAAUGAUAAUCCAGAGGUCAUCAGCUUCUUACUGUCAACUGAAAUCAUUCCUCUUUGUCUUCGUAUUAUGGAAUCAGGCAGUGAGCUAUCAAAAACAGUUGCCAUUUUUGUUGUUCAAAAGAUUCUUUUGGAUGAGACUGGUUUGUAUUAUAUUUGUCAAACGUACGAGAGAUUUUAUGCAGUAGCUACCGUACUGCACAAUAUGGUAAAUCAAUUAGUAGAAACGCAAGCCAUGCGUCUCUUGAAGCACGUCAUUCGUUGCUAUUUACGGUUAUCUGAAAAUCCAAGAGCACGUGAGGCACUACGCCAAUGCCUUCCUGAACCACUUCGUGACUCAACCUUUCAUCAAGCUUUGAAGGAUGAUAUUGCCACCAAAAGAUGUCUAGCACAAUUACUGUUGAACCUCUCUGAUGGUAUCAACUGAGUCAAUCAAGGACAGUAAUGCGUAAUUUCUUUGGCUGGAUCCUAUCGACUUUAAUGUAGUAGAAUGUAAAUGUCUUGAUCUCUUUAUUCUUUUUGCUAUAUCCCCCCUUUUCGAAUUCUAUAUACAUUUUUCUUUUUUGUUUAUAAAAAAAAAAAGAACUAAUUUGCAUAUAAAUACAAUACUCACCCCUACACACACACACCCAUUACUUACAUAUACACACUGUUGCUUUAUAAUAUAAAAUAUAAAAAGUUUUGUGAUAAACCAUA